AUGGGUUUCGAAGGAGCUGAAGAAUCAGGAGGCACUGAGGUGCCCCAAUCGAGAUUCAGGUACAACUCCCCUUUUGUGCAAGUGAGCCUUAUUGGGUUCGUCUGUUUUUGCUGCCCAGGCAUGUUCAAUGCCCUCUCAGGCAUGGGUGGUGGUGGCCAGGUUGACCCAACAGCCUCCAACAACGCCUCCACCGCCCUCUAUACCACCUUCGCCGUCUUCGGCAUCCUCGGUGGUGGCAUCUACAACAUCCUUGGCCCUCGCCUCACUCUCCUCUCAGCCUGCUCCACCUAUGUCCUCUACGCUGGCUCCUUCUUGUACUACAAUCACCACAAGCACCAAGCUUUUGCAAUUGUCGCCGGAGCAAUCCUUGGAGUCGGUGCAGGCCUGCUUUGGGCUGGCCAAGGUGCCAUCAUGACCUCCUAUCCCCCGGCUAAUCGGAAAGGGACAUAUAUUUCCAUUUUCUGGAGUAUCUUCAACAUGGGUGGUGUCAUUGGAGGCCUAAUUCCCUUCGUUCUUAAUUACAAUAGAAGCGAGGCAGCUUCUGUUAAUGAUGCUACUUAUAUUGGGUUCAUGGUUUUCAUGACUGUGGGGACUCUUUUAUCCCUGGCCAUUUUGCCGCCUAGCAAGGUUGUUCGUGAUGAUGGGAGUAAGUGUACCAACAUUCAGUACUCUCGUGUUUCAACUGAGGUUGUUGAGAUUGCCAAGCUGUUUGGAAAUUGGAAGAUGCUUCUUAUAAUCCCUGCUGCUUGGUCCAGCAACUUCUUUUACACCUACCAGUUCAACAAUGUCAAUCAGGUUAUGUUUAAUUUGAGGACCAGAGGAUUGAACAAUGUGUUUUAUUGGGGAGCCCAGAUGUUGGGGUCGAUUGGGAUUGGAUACAUAAUGGAUUUCAGUUUCAAGAGUAGGAGGACAAGGGGUUUUGCUGGCAUUACAGUGGUUAGUAUUGUUGGCACUGCAAUUUGGGUUGGUGGGCUUGUCAACCAGCUAAACUACUCUCGCGGUGAUUUGCCAGAGAAGUUGGAUUUUAAGGACUCUGGUUCGGAUUUUGCCGGACCAUUCGUCUUGUAUUUCAGUUUUGGCUUGCUGGAUUCCAUGUUCCAGAGCAUGGUUUACUGGGUUAUUGGAGCCUUGGCUAAUGACUCUGAGACCCUAAGCAGGUAUGUUGGAUUCUACAAGGGAAUACAGAGUGCUGGGGCAGCUGUUGCUUGGCAAGUUGAUACACACAAGGUGUCCUUCCUCACCCAAUUGGUUACGAAUUGGUCGCUCACUACCGUGAGCUAUCCGUUGUUGGUGGUUCUAGUCCUGCUGGCUGUGAAGGAUGAGAGUAAGGCUGAUCUAGAGGAAAUUACCAAGGAGAAGGAGGCCGCUCCUUCAUUUGCUGGACCUGCCUCAGAAAAGUGA